AACAUUCUCAUCAUCAUCAACGUCUAGUCGGGGUUUUUCUCUUGCUUUGGAACGUCGUAAUCACUUGAAUGUUCUAAGGAUGUCGGAAUACCGAUUAACGGACCAGAAAUAUUCUGAGGCUGAGUACCUUUUUCAGACAAUCGAAAUGGCCAAAUCGGAUGAAGAAUUCGAUGUGGAAUUGUGUUCAACGCCACCCUCCCACACAGAACUGGAAUUGGAGCUAAGCAAUGAUCCGCAUUCAAGAUACUCAUGGACAUUGGUGAAGCGGCGGCGACCUCGUCGACGUUACACAGUGUCGCACGGCGGCGGUGGUGGUGUGGGAGGGGUUGGAUCUGCGACUAACGGUUGCCAAAACGGUGUUGGAGGUUCUGUCUACUGCAAUGGCUCAGCCGGCAACCUACCACCUGCCCCGCCCUCUACGCCAACCUCAUCAACACCCACCAACACUAGCCUGCUAUCAUCAUCAGCGUCGAUUGUUAAUGGUCCAGUCGAUGAACCAGAUCAACGUAUCGACAGUCUUCUAUACAUUCUCGACUAUGCACCCAAGUACAAAAAGAAACUAAAAGAGCAACAACGUACUGAUGCCGAACUAGCAGAACUCUUUAAUGUUGUCUCAAUAACAGCCUCCAAUGGUAAUUCAUCAUCGUCGUCGGCAACGUCCAAAAUGAAAUUGCAACCGGAACGUGGUGUGGCGUCAAUGUCACGGACCAUACGCAAACGUUUGGAUACGACAAAAAUCUUCAAAAUUCAUCGUAACCUUAAGGAGUUUUGGGAAACGGAUGAAGAGGAUUCGGUAUCGGCGCCGGAAUACGAUACCGAAGAAGAGGAUACACGUUUUCAUAGACUGGGGCGCAUCAAACCGUCAGGUAAAUUAUUGCAACGUAAACGUCAACGGCGUUUUGCCCGCUUUGAACAUCAAGAACGUAUGGAAGCCAUGGUGGAUAUAUUCGAUGAGGCAAUGACAUUCAAUGAAACUUAAGAAAAAAAUCAG